AUGUUACAAAGAUUGAGAAGAAGGUAUCAGAGAUUAUCUCAUGAAUUGGAAAUGGAAGCGCAAGUUGGAUUGCAAGAGCUUCGUGAAUAUGAAUAUGAUUUGGGAGUAAUGCAAAUGAUGUUGCAAGCAUCGCAGAGGGAAUUGCAAGUUUUUGAGGAUGCAUUGGUGGGAGAACUUGAAAAGAGGGAGACGGAGCUCAAGAGAUAUCACAUGAUGCAAAUGUUAAAGUUAUAUUUAUGUGUUUUUGUUGUUAUCUUUUUAUGUUUGGUAAAGUAUUGUAAGGAUAAUAUGAGUUUGGCAAACUUUUGA